AUGGUGGCAGAGGAACAUGUGGCACCAUCAAGGUCACAUCUCAGUUUUUCGUUUGAGGUUUCUAAUGAUGAUGAUGAUGAUGAUGUUAAUAAUGAUGAUGAUGAUGAUGAUAAUAAUAAUAAUGAUGAUGAUGAUGAUGAUGAUGAUGAUGAUGUGAAUUUUCAUUUGUUUGUACCACCGAAAGAGCCAGUCAAUGAAGCUUCAACUGCAAGGAAGCCUCUCCAAGCAAUUCUUAUUACUACUGAUUCUCCAUCUAGGAGUGAUAAAGAUGAUUUAAAUGCAUCCUUGUUGCCAAGAAAGCGAAGACGUAGAUAUCUAAGGCCGGGAGUGCUUAUUGUUGAACCAGUACAACAGCCAACUUCAAAUGUUGAACCAGCCCAAGUUAUUCAAGAUGAUCAAAGCCUAAUUGUUGAACCAGCCCAAGUUAUUCAAGAUGAUCAAAGCCCAAUUGUUGAACCAGCCCAGGUUCAUCAAGAUGAUCAAGGUCUAAUUGUUGAACUAGAACAGGUUCAUCAAGACGUUCAAAGCCUAAUUUUUAGCGAUGACUUCGACUUCUUAAAUAAUGAGGAAACUUUUGCCUCGGGAAGCUCUUCUUCCCCACCACCUCCAAAGCACGAUGUUGCAUCUAUCAAGUUAUCCAAGCUACUUUCCUUUCAAGACUCUAUUCCUCAAUCAAAAGGAAAGGGAAUAUCUAUUGGCUCAGGGCAUGGAGGUGAUGAAGACUCUCAACCAACCAUUUCUGAGCUCAAACAAGAGAUUGUACUUUUGAAGCAGGAGUCCAUUGAGAAGGACUUGUUGAUUGGAAUUUUAGAAGUCAGAGUUUCAGAGCUUGAGAAAGAAAAUUCUCAAAAGAAUAAGCAGAUCUAA